UUGCUCUUGUGGAAUGGAUUGUCGUGUUACUGGUGUUUUGAGUGCAGUGUAGUGAGAGUGUCAAGUGUCAUGUGGCAGGGAUGGGGGCCUCCGCCCCCCAUGCUAUAACGUGGUCGCCCACUGUGUCUUGCGAAGGUGUAGCCGCUACAGACGCGGCUCUACAGUGAAUUGUGGAGUGUGACAUGGCCAUCGCCGUGGGAGGUGAAGAAAGUGUUGGCGAGGGCGGCGUGUGGGCGUCCGGGGCCCGCCCGCAUGAAGACUUGUGUACUAGAACUAGCUGGGCAGACGCCCGCACCGCCCUCGCCCAUAUUAACAAGGGUCGGGCGACCGGCAGCCGGGCGGCACUAUGGCUACGGACCAAGUUACAGUGGCAGCUCAUGCAGCUCGGGGUGUUCGCUCAGAGACACGCCGGCAAGGUGCUCUUCGUGGCCCUGCUCGUCCUCGCCACCUUCUGCGUCGGCCUCAAGAGCGCGACGCUGCUCACCGACGUCCAGAGAUUAUGGGUUGAAGAGGGCGGCCGGUUGGAGAAGGAACUGGAGUACGUGGAGAAGAGUCUGGGCGAGGGCGCAGGCACCACCAAGCAGAUCCUUAUCCUCACGCCCAAGGACCAGGGCGCCAACAUCCUGCAGCCAGCGGCACUGCUCGCCCACGCGGCCGUGCUGCGGGCGGCGAUUUCCGUCAAGAUAGAAAUGUUCGACAUAUCAUGGAGUCUGAAGGACCUCUGCUUCGCCCCGAGUCUACCCGAGGUGGAAGAUUACACGUUAGAGCUGAUUUUCGAGAAGAUCACCCCCUGCGCUAUCAUCACGCCCCUGGACUGCUUCUGGGAGGGAUCGAAGCUUCUGGGACCGGAGAACCCCGUCACCUUACCAUUGCUGGGCUCGGGCAUCAGAUGGACCAAUCUCAACCCUCAGAAGAUCGUCAACCGAUUCAGGGAGAUUGUGAGCCGCGAGGGAGCCGAGCACGCGUUCUCUCUCUCCUACUUCGCCGACUUCAUGAAGAGGGCUGGGAUAACAACGGGUUACCAGGAGAAGCCAUGCCUCGACCCGACCGACCCGGAGUGCCCGGAAACUGCUCCCAACAAGCACUCCAAAGAGAAGCUCGACGUGGGCGCUGAGCUGACGGGCGGCUGCUACGGAUAUGCCGGGAAGUUCAUGCACUGGCCGGAGGACCUGAUCGUGGGCGGGGCGCAGACCAACAAGACGGGACACAUCGUCAGAGCGGAGGCCCUGCAGAGCAUGGUGCAGCUGAUGGGCUCCAAGAACCUCUAUGAGUACUACGACCAGCACUACCGCGUCCACCACGUCGACUGGUCACAGGAGAAGGCGAACCAGCUGCUGGAGGCCUGGCAACAGAAGUUCACGCAGGAGGUGCUGGCGGAGACGGAGCGCCUUCAGAAUGAGACUCGCCGUUACAACAUGCUGCCCUUCUCCAGCGCCACCCUCGGCUACCUCCUCAGGGACUUCUCCGAGGUGCCCGCCUUCAGGGUCGCUCUCGGUUACAUAUUCAUGGUGAUUUACGCUUGCUUGUCGCUCGCCAAGCUGUCGGAUUCGGUGAGAUCGGCGGCGGGUCUCGGCCUCGCGGGCGUCCUCCUGGUUGCCAUCACCGUCGCCGCCGGCCUCGGGCUGUGCGCCUUGCUCGGGCUGCCCUUCAACGCCUCCACGACGCAGGUGCUGCCCUUCCUGGCGCUGGGCCUUGGCGUCGACGACAUGUUCCUCAUGGCGCACACCUUCGCCGAGACCGCCGACAACUCGCUCAUCCCGUACCAGGUAAGCGCGCACACUACACUUCGCACUUCCUGCCGCGGAUACCCUUCGGCCCGUGAGCGUGCGCCUCGCUUCCCGGGGGCGGCGCUGGCGAUCCGCUUUCACUCCGGCACAAAGGACCCGGAGCGCAUGUCGGCCGCGCCUUAA